GCUAUUUCUUCUUCCUCUCAUUGGAAAACCCAUAUAAUCAUCACACACAACCCAUUUUUGCACUGCACCACUCUCCUUUUUCUCCCUCUUUCUUUCUUCUCCAGACCUUUCUCUAUCAUCAGACACUCUUCUCACCAUGGUUUCUCUCAAUCCAGACGCACCUGAAUUUUUACCCACUCAUGCGAUGAAGCUUCACAAAAAAGAACAACCUUUUACGUGUCCCAAUUUCCCCACUUCCUUCUACUACGUUGUUUCUUCUUUCCCUUCUCGAGAACUUCACCCUUAUGUUUACUACUCCACCACAAUGCUUCCACCACCUUCUAUAACCAUCCCUUUGGCACCACAAUCUGAACCAUUCUGUAUCCAUGGAAUGAAAAAGGGACCUAAUCCAGUAAACCAGAAGAAGGAUGAAGUGGUUGUAGACGAAGACCUAAAGCGUGGCUCAAAAGAGCUUGUGCAGAAGCAAGUGUUUAAAUCUUACAUAAGUCACAGAACAAUGAAUGGUCAAAGUUCUGAAGGUACGAGGAUGAAGACUUACUUGCCGAGAAAGAAGGGAGAACAAAAGGGUCAACACAAAAGCUUUGACUUUUCAAGGAACGGAAAUAUUACGAUGCACCCAGAUGAACAGUACUGCUGGAGGGGUUAUCCUAAGAAGAAACGGUGUUUUCGUCUGUUGCCUGUUAGGGUGGAGAAGAAUGAAACCACUGUCAUGAUCAGAAAUAUUCCUAGCAAAUACAACCGAGAUAUGCUGGUGGAGUUUCUGGAUAGUCACUGCAUGAAAGUGAAUCUGAGAGACAAGGAGAAAGGCGAAGAGGCCUGUUCUUUAGCUUUUGAUUUUGUUUAUUUGCCAAUUGAUUUCAAGUAA